AUUCUUUCCUGGCAAAAUACAAUGAGAUCGAUCUGUCGCGUGCAGGACGUCGUAUUUAUGAGAAUGGCAAAACUACUCGGUUUAUUUUAACGCGUUGGCAGCCGCCAUUGUUGAAAUACUAAUGUGCAAGUAUGUAUUCAACCAGCACCCCAACUCCGACACGACUCCCGGCCGCCCAUUUUUAUUCCUAUAUAUAACUCAUUCGGCCAUAUAGUUAAUUUGAUCGAGGAAGUUGUCUUCUUUGUUUUCAAAUAUUCUUAACUUGAGAUUGUUCAUCAUGAGUCAUUCCAACUAUCCAGCAGCUCCUGGGGUGCAUCCUCCACUAUCGUCUACAUAUCCUCCAACAGGUGAACUGUAUCCUCCGCCGGCGGCAGCUCAAGGGUAUCCUGCAGGGCCUUCCCUUCCUCCGCCGCCAGCUGGUUACCCAAUGAAUGAUGGCCCCGAUGGCCCCCAGAAAUCUUCCAAUUCCCCUCCUCAAACAAAGCAGAGAGGGGAUGGCUUCUGCAAGGGAUGUUGUGCUGCAUUAUGUUGUUGCUGUGCCUUGGAUAUGUGCUUUUGAGGAUUCCGCAUCCCAAACAGAUGGAUUAUUCCAUAUCCUAAACUCUCAUUUCUUUAUUUGAUCUAUAAAUUUUUCCACUGUAAUGUAAUUAUUCCACACUAUUAUGUAGUGUUUGAGAGCAUAGAUUUCAAGUCUUGAAUUUCAAUUUGUUUGGAUUUGGAAUAAAUGUAAUAUAACUAUAUAUAUAUAUAUAUAUAUAUAUAUAGACACACACACACACACACAAUGUUUUGCCUAAAAA